CGCCAACAAACACCAACGAGGAAGAGAUGUUGGAGGCGAAGAGUUAGCUCUUUGGCAGCGGAGGGCCGAGCUGCGUUCGUCAGGCAGAAACUCAGGAGGAACGAAGAGUACACGAGAAGCUUUAUGUGUUUCAACACGAAACACCAACAUGUCUUCAGCUGUGUAUGUCGGCCUUCUCUUUUUUUGCCUUCAAAAAAGCGUUGAAAUUUAUUGUAUUGCUACAACAACAUUGGCAGCAGUUGGACCAGAGCUGGCCCCACCACGGGACCCGAUCAUGAUCACUUUGAACACCAAAUAUGCAUUAAGCUGGGACUGGGACCAGAGUCAAGCAGAGAGUCAUGCUAUCACCUUUACCACACAAUAUGUUGGGAAGUAUAAGCUGGAGUCCAAGAAGAUGAGUCCAAACUGGUCCACAGCAUGUGAGGAGAUGUCACACAGGUCAUGUGAUCUUACAAUGCUCGGCCUGCACUACCUGGGCAUCUAUAUGCUUCGUGUUCGAGCCAAUGCAAAUGGGCAUCACUCCAAAUGGGUGCAGUUGGAAUUCUGCCCUGAUAAAGAUGCUGCUGUGGGCCCUCCUGCCAAAGUCAACCUUGCACCUGCUGGAAGUGACCUUGAUGUUUUCAUCGCUGAUCCAUUGACAAGCAUCAACACCUCCAUGAGGGAACAUCUUUCCAAAAUGUACUACCACAUCCUCUACUGGGAACAUUCUGAAGACUCAAAGGCCUUAACAACCCAGACGUUAAGCAGCGAGGCCAACUUGGUGACUUUGCCAGGCCUAAAGGCUCGGACGUUGUACUGUGUGAGCAUCCAGUCUUGCAACGACUUCUACAACAAGAGCAGUAGCUUCACUUCGCCCCAGUGUAUGCAGACUGAAGGUAAUACUCCAUGGUGGCAGAUCAUCCUGUACUUCGUGGCCUCUCUGGUGAUCUUCUUCCUUGUCAUGCUGCUCUUACUCUACAGCCUCUUUUGGUGCUACAAAACACUCAAGGCAACGUUGUACCCCUCCAACCAGUUGCCUAUACAUUUCCAAGAGUAUCUCUAUGACUCUCCUAGUUCUGACAUUCCUCGCCUCCUCACUCCGGUUUCAGAAUCAGAGCUGCUGUGUGAUAAUGUGAUCAUUUGUGCUGAGCCAACAGUCCUGGAAAUCCACAUAUUUCGUCCUGAUGCCAUGGCAGCUCCUCCAUCAGACUUGAAGUCAGAUACCAGUGGAAGACACAGUCGUCAGGACAGCAGCAGCAGCAGUGGAGACUCUGGAGUUUAUUCUACUGGGGGAACCUCCAACCUGUCACAGCUCAACAGCAGUCAAACCUGCACAGGAACGGAAGACCUGGAGCAGGUAAAGAUGCAGGAAAUGACUCCAGGGCUCGAGACACAACUUCUGAUAGCAGAUGAGGGCAUUGUAGACAUGUGUGUCUGAACAAAUGCAUUGAAAAAUAUAUUUGUUGCGAAGAAACAUAAAGCAAGGAUGAUGUUAAGGAAACUGGAGGUUUGUGGACAGUGUGGCUUUUUGUUCCUGUAAAAACAAUUUCUAGAAAAAACAAGGUCAUGAAUGACAGACUCACACAAGGAAGAAAACUGCUGAGCUAUCACUCACCAUCUCACUUUCCAAGAAGGAAGUGUGUUGUUAAAAUAAAAAGAAACAACUUCAGUGUUUGUGUAGCUCUCUUUAAAAUUGCUUUUGAAGAUCCAGUUCCUUCAGUGACCUACAUUUGGCACCAACCAGGAGUCCUGUUAGUGCUCAUCUUCAGCAGCCAAUGUCUUAAACCUGAUUUCAUUCUGAGAGUGGUUGACAUGUCGCUGUAAUAUGACUGUCUGAGGGAUUUAGUGUAUAUUUGUUUCAGUCUGCAUUAAUAAUGUUUUUGAGUGUAAAAUCAUGUUUUAUCUGUCUUUUAAUAUCCAGUGCUUUAAUAAGAUAUUAAAAGUAGCUGAUUCGGUAACAAAUUUAAUGAAUGGGAUGAAUGACGUCAAAGCACUGAGAAUUUGCAGAAAAGUAAAGUAAAAAAAAACACAAUACAGCAAUUGUGUACCAGGACUUAAUAUUUCCAUUGAUAUUGGAUAGUCCCAAUGAUCAAAUGGUGAUUAAUACAUACCGGACAUAUAUGUUAAGAAAAUCCUUUAACCAAAAAGUUCUGCCUAAAUUGGAAAAAUAUUUUCAGGGUAUUGUUGACAGUUGGAUUCUUAUUGGUGUGAAGUAAAAAGGGGAAGAUCAGAGGUAACCAGGCAGGCGUUUCUAAAAUGCAAUAUGUGACAUCCUUUUUACAGUCGUAUUUAUAUUUUAAAGAGACUUAGACCCAGUCUGAUUUUGAACUGGGAAUAAUUAUCCUGAUCCAAAAUGUACUGGACAAUUGAUGAUGCAUCUCCAUUUUCUCCCUCUGGUCCUGCCAAUAUACCCACUUGACAGUCUCAGCUGUCAAUCAUGAUGUUUCACUCUGUUUUUAUAGCACCAAAUUACUUAUUAAAACCAAACUUACAGGGAAAAUGAACAUGCCUUGGUGUGAUAAGACCUACUUAUAAUGACAGAAACCAUCUUUGAGAAAAAUGGAUUUCAUGUGUACUCCUGUCUAGAGAGCAGAUAUCCGGGCCAAGACUCCUGUUGUGUGACUAGUUUCUUUUAUCAUGAGUCAAACGCCAACAGAGAUUUUGAGUCAGUUCAUGCUCCCUCCAAACAUGUAAACAUUGAGUUUCUACAUAUAUCCAUGUAAAUAUAUUGUAUGCCUUGGGCAGUGCUGGUCAUUGUCACUACUGACACGAUGAUAUUUAAAAUGGUUCGGUUCUUAAACAUUUUGAUAAAAUGUCUCUUAAUCAAGGUAGUUAUCAGUCCAUCCAUAAAAGAUCCUCUAAAUAGUUAUGUUUGUGUCUAAAACAAUUAGUUAAAGAAAAUUAGGUUUUAUUUUAUGUGCUUGUGAUGUGGAUCUGAGAAAAGCUUGAACACAAUUUAAUUACAUUUUUAUUCUUCCAUUUAUGAUUCUAAUAGGAUCUUGGUGCCAUUUUAGUUUUGCUUGUUCUGAAAAGAGAUUUUGUUCUCAUAUUUUCAUAUAACUUAUAUUAUUUCUGCUGUUUUCAUGUUUUGAGUGUAUUUUUAGGUUUUGAUGGAGAAACCGUGUUCAGUUAGUUAUAAAUGUUACCUUACUUGUUUUUCCAGAUCACUUAAUCCAUGACUUUACAUUCAACUAAGGUCAAAAGAACCUUAGCAAUUUUUUUUGUGAAAUAAGUUUAUCGUUGUUGCUGAAUUUCCUCUGCAUUGUCUGAACAUAUUUUCUUUGUUGAUAUUGUGUCUAAGCCUCUUGUGAAGCUGUGUGUUGGUGAAUAUACAGCAGCCAUGUUAAUGGACAAUCAAAAGAUAAUGAAAUAAAACACCCCAAUGCGAAACCUCUGUGUCUAAAUUAGUGACUUUUCUGCAUGCUGAUUCUCUCUCUCUCAGGCACGCACUUACACAAGACUGCAACAAUGUUUAACCUCAGUAGGGCUGCAACUAUUGACUCUUCAUUUUCAAUUAAUCUGUCGAUAAAUUUCCUGAUUGAUAAUUUUGUCUAUAAAAUGUCUGCCGUUUUUGGAAAAUGCCCAUCAUUAGUAGAUUAUCAAAAUACAGUAGUUGUUUUUGUGUGAUUGACGAAUCAAUGAGUCAUUGCAUCUCUGUACCUGUCACAUUGUUCAUGGUGAUUAAACAUUUUUUUAUAAUGUCA